AUGUCUCGUGAACCAGGAAACUUGUUGGCUGCUCAUUCAUUCAAGUACUCAGGAAUCGCAAACACCAAGACAAUCGACAUCACAGCACCAACAACCAAAGGUGCCAAGAAGGGCGUCACAGUUACCAAAUCUUCAUCAAAGAAGAGUGGCAAGAAAGUCACCACUACCGUAUCUCGACCUCCUCGUUCGGGCCUCAAGGCUGUACGAUCGUUGGUAAAGAGCUACCGUCCUGAUUUGACCAAGGCUGCUGUGGCCCGUGCUUCUCGAGUUUUCGAAUCUCAAAGAACUGUCAAGGCAUCAAAGGCAAAACCAGCUCGUGCCUCUCGAAAGAUCAAGGCAUAA